UGAGGAAAGACAGAUGGGAAGCUUUCCAGAUCUUACAGGUCUAACUAGCUGAGCAUGGCUUCAGUCAGGCAUUCACCUCGUCGAAACAGGAUGGAUUAACAGGCACACGGCUAAAAGAGCUUUAAUGGACCACAUAGUUCUACAUUCUGCAGAGGACUACGAGGAUGUGAGAGUUUAAACCAAGAGGACUUGUACCACUUCCUAAAAUGUGAUGGAUCCCCCUCAAAGGCAAAAUGGAACGAUCCAGGGUCAAGAUACUGAUGACCCGCCAGGAAUACACAUUUACGAGUCUCUUGAUUCCCCUCUGAGAGAUGAAACCAAUUUGUAUGAGAGCACCUUGAGUGGACUCAUAGCCCCAACUCAGUCCCAACCAAAACGCCUAGACCCUCUCAGGGGUCAGGGAGGAGGAGGUCCUGGGAAUACAGACCAACAAAACACUAAUGGGCUUCCCCCGGUCCCCCGCCGUCCCCCUCCACUCAGAGUCAGGCUUCCUAGUGCAUGUUUGCCGGGGAGACACGGCCUUGCACCCCCUCCAGUUCCCCCUAGGACACGAAUACCCCUCAGCAGGCAGUUUUCUGUUGUACUCACUGAGCCCACAAACAAAAUGAAUCGUUCCAGGACAGAAAUAGACAAUCAUGACCCAUGGGCCAUCAGACUAACAGACACUCCACAAGGCAGCACCAGGACGCUGGCAUGUUUUUGUGCUGCUACUUCCAAACUAAUGUCACGGUACAGGCAUGCAGACAGUGUCCACAACUCCGGUGUGGUAUGGAGUCGGUUGUUACAGAUCCACCCUGCCCUGCUGCAGCAGGUGGAGGUGACCGUCAGUGUGGCCAACGAGUGGGGCGACCACCAGCUCCCCCUCCCCACCACAGUGAACAGGACAGUGAAGAGUCUGAUUGAUGAGAUCUUCCAGCUGCUGGACCUCUCUCCCAGCACAAGUGGACAACAUUGUUUAAAACUGUGUGACUCUGAUGAGUUUCUCCGAAAUGAAGAGCUGCUGGGUAUGCACGAGACUAUUCAGAUCUACUACAAGUUUAAACUAGUCGUCCCCCUCCGACUGCUCCGCAUGGACAACCUCAGAAACAGCCUCAGCAGGGACGAGGAGGACGACAGAAGCUUGUGCCAGCUCUACCAGCUCCUGCGUCCCGUCUGUGUCUUUAGCGCCUGCAAGUUGAGCCUGCAGAAUCUUCUCACCAGCUACAACAGAGAGGUGACAGAGCUAAUGAGAACUAAGUCUGGGAUGAACGUGAAUGUGCUCGUGGGCCGUGUUCGCACCAUCAGCAAUCUCCUGUGUGGGCUCUCAUGUCAGGAGCUGGAGGACGCUAUUGGCAGGCUCAACAGAAUCAAUCCCAUUCCACUGAGUCAUGAUGAGAUGUUUGAAUGUGAAUCCGCCAUGCUCAUGCUCCACAGCGCGCUGCUAAAAGUGCUGCAGAUCUUUUUUGAUAAUUUCCAGUCAGACUUCAGAGGUCAGGAGGUCACCAGCAACCUGCAAAUACUUGACGUUGAUGCCAACACUGAAAUCCUCCAGUUUAAUAUUUCUACUCUCUACCAGCUACAACCUAACUGGUUGGCCAAUUACGAGAGCUUCUCUCUUUCCUGUGACCUGACGCACGGUGAAAGAAAGGUCUGUGACACAGGCAUUUCUGAGAAUAUCAGCACCGCCUUGUCCUACGGAAACAAGAUCCACUGUAACCGCAUGAUGGUGUUCCCUGUUCCAGUAAAUCAGCUGCCGUAUGAGUGCAUGUUGACAUUUCGCCUCAAAGGCUCCAAGCGAGGCAAGAGCCCCGAGCUGAUCGGCUGGGCUGUGCUGCCUCUUUACAGCAACAGGACUCUGGUGAUGGGGACCGUCCUGCUCAGUAUGUCCACACUGACUGAGCUGCCUGCUCCUCCCUCCCCUGCCCUGUGUGACAGCCAUAAACAAGCCAUCGGGGUCAUACUGCAGCUCGAGUUUCAAGAACAGUUUAUGUGGAAGUAUCAGAGGCCCAUCGCCCUCCCGGGUUCAAUCAUCUUCACGCAGCCUUGUGUGGCAGUGCAAGAGAAAAUGAUGGCGCUCUCUAAGAAGCAUUGCCUCUGCUUUCUAACAAAAAACGAGAAGGCUUUCCUCUGGAGUAAACGUCACUGCAGUGACAAAGGAAGUACGUUCCUCCACCUGCUGCUGGGUGGAGCCCCCCAGUGGCAGCCUGAAGACUUGACAGAAAUCUAUACUAUUGUUGAUAACUGGCCCAUCCAUCUACCAGAGGAGGCCCUCUUCCUGCUCAGUGACAGUUUUCAUGAUCAGACUGUGCGGAAGGCUGCAGUUCAGUACUUUGAACAGAUACCAGAUGGAGAGCUGGAGGUGUUUCUGCCACAGCUGGUUCAGGCUCUGAAGAGUGAGUGGGAGCUGGAUGGACCUCUGGUGAUGCUGCUGUUGGAGAGGUCACUGAAGAGCAUUCCGAUUGCUCAGCAACUGUACUGGCUGCUGGAGGAUGCCCACAGUGACCCUUACUACCAGAGCUGGUUCAGUAAGAUCCAGGCUGCCCUGCGGCACUGUUGUGGUCGGGCACUGAGGCAGGAGCUGGAGCAGGAAACCCGGCUGGUGUCCGUGCUCGUGCAGGUGGCUGAGAAGGUUCGCACUGCCGAUAAGGCUCGACGUAAGCAUGUUUUGAACAAAGAAAAGUGGAAGAUUAAUGACCUCUUCAAAGAUGGGAAGGGCUGCUGUCUGCCACUUGAUCCUGCAGUCAGAGUAAAGGCGUUGGACGUGGAUGCCUGUAAGUUCUACAACUCCAAUGCAGCUCCUCUGGGGAUCUCAUUCACCGGUUCCGACCCUCUGGCCAAGAACAUCAGUGUCAUCUGCAAGACAGGAGAUAACCUGCGUCAGGACAUGCUGGUCCUUCAGAUCGUCCGUGUGAUGGACACCGUUUGGCUCCAGGAGGGACUGGACUUGCGCAUGAUCACCUACAGGUGUCUGUCUACUGGCACAGCUCAGGGCCUGGUGGAAGUGGUUCCAGAGGCAGUGACUCUAGGGAAGAUUCAGCAGGAGUGGGGUCUGGGUGGCACCCUUCGAGAAGACACACUAGAGAAAUGGUUCCACAUGUGGAAUAAAACUAAGGAGGGCUAUGAGAAGGCUGUGUUGAACUUCAUCCACUCGUGUGCAGGGUGGUGUGUGGCCACCUUCAUCCUGGGGAUCUGUGACCGCCACAAUGACAACAUCAUGCUGAGACACAGCGGGCACAUGUUUCACAUCGACUUUGGCAAGAUUAUGGGCAAUGCACAGAAGUUUGGAAGCUUUAAAAGGGACCGAUCACCAUUCAUCUUUACCUCCGAGAUGCAGCACUUCAUCACAGGCGGAGGGCAGAAGCCUCAGCGCUUGCAUCGCUUUGUGGAGCUCUGCUGUGAAGCUUACAACAUGAUCAGAAAGCGCUCUGCACUGAUACUCAGCUUGUUGGAGCUGAUGCUGCGGGCAAGAAUGCCAGAACUGAAGGAUUGUAAUGACCUGCAGUACGUCCAGAACAACCUCAGACCUCAUGACACGGACCUGGAGGCCACAUCUUACUUUACAAAGAAGAUCAAGGAAAGCAUGGGCUGUGUCGCAGUCAAGUUUAACUUCCUGACACACAGCAUGGCUCAGGGGAAGAAACAGGAUCCACGAACCCGGGACGGCAUCCCCGCUCCCAGCACCAACAUCCAACAAGCUGUCAUCCAGGGAUUCACCGUCAAGGGAAAAGAUGUGAUCUAUGACUUGAGAGUAACCAUUCAUGAUGGUUAUCUGCACAGCGAGAAGACUUUUGGGCAGUUUGAGUCGAUACAUAAGCAGCUGCAGAAGUACUUCAUUGAAACUAUGCUGCCUCAAUUUCCUCUGUGGUUUCAUAUGUCUUUCACCCCUGGCAGUCGGAUGGCUCAGCUGAAUAAAUACCUGAAGCAGCUGUUUGAGGGACCGUGCAAGGGAAAUGAGUAUGUGUGCAGCUUGUUCCUGGAUGGCCCCAGCACAGUUCAAGAAAGUGUGGUGACAGGAGCCCGUCCUCAGAUCCAGCUCAACAUUUCUUACUCUAACUGUAAGCUGUCGGUCUUGGUAAAACACCUGAAGAACAUUAAGCAGGCAAAUGGCUCUAACCCCGACGCCUACGUGGUCACACGUCUGAGACCUGACCCUCAGCAGCACUCCAAGAAGAAGACGAAGGUGGUCCGAAAUAAUGACAAUCCCACCUUCAAUGAACUGCUGGAGUACAAUUAUGUCCCACUGCUGUAUGGGAUGGUGCUGGAAGUGACAGUCAAGAGCAAGAAGACUUUCGUGGCUGCAACCAACAUUAGACUGGAGAAGGAGGUGCUAGACAAGGAGACUUGGUUUCCCCUCGGGAACUGUGCAAUCUGACCUCAAAGAGCUGCAUUGUGGGCCUGCUGCCAGCAGAGGGUGCAACCACACUAAUAGAGAGGAUCGAUCAAGUCAAAGAUUUCUUCGACUCUAUGAAUGAGACAAAUUCACCGGAGCAGGGGAAUGUGCACUCUCAUUUAUACCUAUUUAUCAGAUGACCUCAUUCCAGAGCUAAAUAUGCUGCCACUGGAUGGAGUUUUUGGAUGACGUUACAAGACUGAGUGAGAAAAAAAGCUCAGGGAAGGAGACUGUUUACUGUGUGAAGCAUCGUUUAUCUUGUGCCUUUUUGUUUUUAAAUGUCAAUCAAAUGCAGGACAAUUUGCUAAUUAGUCAGAUUUUUUUCGGAUGUGGCCGUGGUGAUGGAUGAAGGAAAAAAAACUUUUUAUAAUUAUCAUACUUGCACUUUUUUCGUUUGUACUUCAACUUCAAACCAGUCCUUGUGAGUGUGUGUGGUCGGGACUGUCGAUGUGACAGAUUAAAGAGGAGGUGAUGCAGUGGUGCUCGGGCUGCCUGUCUGAUACCUGAUCAGACUGAGUGUGUUUGUCCCUUUGGGCUGUGUCAACUGGAUGUCCUUGACCAGUGGAAUUGGAGGCAGGAGGGAGAGGGGGGAGAGGAGG